ACAUUUCUCCACAGUCUGUUCCCUGUUAUUAUUUUUUUUCUGUGAUCCAGCAAAGAGUCAGUGCAGCCAGGGCAGAGACUCUGAGUGGCAUUUGCGUUGCCAAUCAUCGGAGUCGAUGGCAGAAGAACUGGCACACUAGCUUGGAGCUGUUUAUGCGCCAGAGAGAGAGAGAGAGGGGUGAAGAGGCGAGCAUGGACAGCCAGUAGCCAGCCAUCCGCGCAUGGCUAAAGAAUUGCUCGUAGUCGCGUAUCUAACGACUUGCUAGUAAUUGCUGAGAGCAUUAUCCAGUGUAGUGGCGGCUCAUCGCCAGUCAGUGCAUUUGAUUGGUUUAACGCUUUGCUGGUUAGCUGCGGGGCAGCUUAGCGACGUGCGAAGAUGUACGGACGGUCGGUCAGAGUGCUGCAUCAGGAGAACAGGUCCACGGUGGACCAUGUUGGGCCUGGCACUUAUGACAUGCCGGAGAAGAAGAAAAACGAAGGAGCGGCUCCAUUCAGCUCGUUCACGAAGCGCACAACAUUCCUGGACGUGCCAGACCAAACUGUGGUGGCACCCGGCCCGGGUAGAUACAACGCCGACCUCAAGGUUGGAGCGCCGGGUUCCCUCGCUGGCACAUCCUCGCUGGCAAGUCGGACCCAGCGCUUUGAAACCGCAGCCACCACAGCGCCCGGUCCCGGUGCGUACAAUGUACCGGAGAGCAAGAGCAAGCCGUCGCUCAACAGAACGUUUCCACCAGCACCGGGAGCAGUCACAGUCGACGACAAAUCAGAUGCUCAGCGACGACGCGCCCAUCCGGAGAAGCCGCGUAUCAAGUACGUGGCCAGGCCCACCGCGCCUAGCAUCCCGGCUGGAAAGCAAGCACAGGGUUUCGUCGAGUCUGCCAACGGACAGCUGCAGCCGCACAGGUUUCCUGAGGAGGCCCAUGAUCCGACCAUUGGACCAGCGUACUAUCAAAUACCCGAUGAAGAAGCUGAGCCGACAAAGAGGUACAAGGGUGCACAUUUCUCUAAGCGCACGGCACCGAGAUUCCCUAACCAGAAGCCCAGCAAUGCACCACCACCAGGCCACUACAAUGUAGAGCCUCGUAAGCCCAGGCCGCAGACUGCACCACCACCGAAGGAAGAGGAGAGAGCCAUGAAUGUACGUUAUCACGAGCUGUUGGAGAAGCAGGAAGCAAAGCGGGACAUCCCUGGCCCAGGGCAGUACAAUGUGGGCACGGAACUUGGCAAACCAGCUCCAGGAGGCAGUAAUCACGCAGAGCCGGCAAUCACUGUACCGUUCGGAGCACUGAGCACGCGUUUUGUCGGACAGAAACCCCAGUGUCCGCCGGUCGGCACAUAUGAUGACAACCGUACGUCGCUGCAGACAGUCAAACGGGUGACUGGGAUGAAUAAGAACCCGUUUGGACAGAGUACGGCGCGGUUCAAGCACGAGCGACCCAGCAGACUGCCUCCGGCCCCAUCAAAGUACAAUACAGACCACGGCACAUCCAUCGUCGACAACUGCAUCCGCAAUGCACAUGUGGGUCGGAACGGAGCAUUCGGCACCUUGUCAAAGCGUGAAACAAAGCUUGGCGACAGCAAGAAGGCACCGUUACCAGGCCCAGCUCACUAUCAUCCGACACAGAGCGGCACUGACGGUGGCGCAGGCAUCACAGGGGAUGGUGUCCAUGUGACGGCGGUGAGAGUCAGAAAGCCCACGUCGCAGUUCAUCAGCCACACUAAACGCCUGGACGAGCUGAAUCGCAAAGGAAAGGAAGCACCACCUCCGGGAUCGUAUGAGGUUGCUCAGUCAUUUGCAGCCAUGCACACUCAGCAGAGCAAAGCCAAGCCUGUAACCAUGGCAGCGCAGGCCAGGCAAACGUCCUUCCUCGCUGGUCAGAGUCGAUUCUCCGAGGCGGGCAUGGAGAAGAGAACCGGCGACCCCAAGAAUCCAGCGCCGGGUCGUUACGGUACUGAGCAGUACCAGGCAGUCGGCAAGAACACUAAACUGAGUUUGAUGGUGACCAAGACGGAUCGGUUCAAUAACCAAGUGAGCAACACCCCGGGACCGGGAGCUUAUCAGCUUCCUUCGUCAGUGCAGCACACAGUACUGAAGGGAACUCAUAACGCCACACUGAACAAUCCGCUCAUCUCAGCGGACGAUGCCAGCAGCGGCACAGGGAGAGCGGGUCGCAAGGCCGGUGCCAAGGCAGCUAAGUUCAGCGUUGGACCCGUCUGAGGGCGUGGCACGCUUGCGUUUGUUGACCAACUGCGCAUCGGAAUACCCAACUGCCAUCGCUGUCUCAAGUCGACGGAGCUGAGAUUAUCACGGCAAAGUAAUCGCUCAGCAUCACCCAAACCACCUUCCAAAACGUCCGCAAAAGCACAACAGCAGCCGUGGACCAGCAUGCCAAAACAAGCAAUACGGAAAAAGCCGAGAAAAACAGCCCUGAAGCGGUCGAAGCAGCAGCGCUCAGGUCACCGUCGUCAAGUGCAUUUUGAGUUGAGACCCGUGAAGAAACCGUCUUCUACUCCUUCCACUUCCCAGGGUAGCAGGUCAGCGCCACCAGAACGAGCAACGUCUGCACCUGCGCAGUCCAAGUCUUGAAAUGAACACAAUCACGUCCGCUUUGUCUCUCUGAUGUGCAUGCAUUUCACAGGUGAGAGGGCUUGUGCAGUCUGGCUGAGGAAUCAGUUCUACAUGUAGGUGGCUGACAUGCUUACGUAUUUUUACCCUGUGAGUGUCUGUUCGCAAGUGCUUACACGGGAUUCUAUAGGAAACUUCUGUUGCGGCCUUUUCAAGCCCCUAGUAGGUCUAUUUCUGGUAAACGACUAGGUCUCCUAUGACUGGAGACCUUGAUUGAGUAGGUACAUUCACAUGUGGCGACGGAAAAGUUCAAAUUGUCAUGUCAAUUUGAACUUUUCAAGUUGAAGUACGGGGUAUAGUGUCACAUCCGUUUUAUUGUUAAUGACUCAGGAUCCGUUCCUUGCUUUGCACAUGUCUCUUGCUAGGUCUUGAUUCGUAUUCGCUAUUGAUGUCCUGAACUUUCUAUUCGAAUCUCAGCGUAAGAUUGACUGAUUGCCUGGAUGACAAAAUUGAUGUACUGGUCACAUGUGCCUAACGUUAAUCACCAUUAUCUCCAUGGUGACAAUUGUCCCUGGAUCUCCCAGGA